ACACUUCCAUCCAUACUCUGGGAGGCUGAACCUGUGGCGUCCCGUCCCAUUUCGCCCCCGCCGGGCUUUUAAAACAUUGUUAUUGGGCUAUUAUUAGACACAAUGGAUUAUCAAUUGGGAUUAAGCCGUGAUUGAUUUGUGCGUCCCAGCUGGAAAAGGAUCACUCUCUGUUGUUUGUUUUCAUCUCUGUGAUGAUGCUCCCAUGUGUGUCCCCCCUCGUUUGUUUUUUUUGUUUUUUUUAUGUCAUGAGAUGUGAGAGGGAAGAGAUUCUAACAACCUCUUGACCCUCCCAGGAUCUGAGGACACUGCUUCUGAAGGCAUUAAUUUAUUUAGUUUCUUCACUCAAACCAUCUUCCUCCUCCUCUUCUCUUUGCCUGACUGGCUGCUGAGCUGAGCUGAGCUGACUGGCUGGCUGGCUGGCUGGCUGGUUAGCUGGCUCCCCCUCUCACUGAAGUCUCACCAUCAGAUCCCUCAUUCAGAGUGCGAGCUUCGCCGAGGCAGAGUGGGAGGCAGACGCUCGGGCUCCUCGGGGUUCAGCACAGACAACUGACCCCCCCACCCCCACCCCACUUCUGUGCUGCAUCCAUGACUGUGCGUACCUGGUUAGGGUAUGGACUUGGAUUUAUUUUGGUUUGGAUGCUCUGCUUGGCACAAGUGCAGGGUCUGCAGUGCUAUGGCUGCAACAUCAUCCACGGCCAGAGGUAUGUGGACUUGGGCUGCGCCAACCCAGAGGUCAUCACAUGCACCCACUCACACAAUGGCUUCAAACAUCGUUUCUGCAUCAAGACAGAAAGCACGGCCCUGGGUAUCGCCCUGACCAGUGGCUGUGCUACGUCCAGACACUGUCAGCAACAAGAGCUGCCGGGGGUGCGAAUUCACUGCUGCGACACCGACCUGUGCAACAGCACCCCGCUGUGGCAUCCGAGCACGCUCCACUAUGUCUGCGCCCUGGGUGCCCUGCUGCUGAGGAUGUGGUGGUGAUGCGAAGCCGGCCGCCGGGACAAACCCUCAGCAUCGCUGGACCGCGCCUCUCAAAGGCUCAAUGAGCGUGUUAGUCAGUGUGGUGUUACUUGAAAGCGGCUCUUAGGUUCUGUCAGAUUGUGGGCUUGGACUAAGAAUCCCAUAGAGGAAUCACAAAAUAACCCAUAAACAUGUUUGAGGGAAAAGAAUUAUGAAACCACUUACACCCAUCCGAGAACUUCUUGGGCACUUACACGUAUUUAAAUGUAGCAUCGAGUAUGGCAUUUUAUGGAACGUUUGUGUUAGAGGUUUACUGUCUGUUCAGUAAAAAGAAGAUUUUACCCAUAAUGAACAUAAAUAACCCAUAAAAUAACAUAACCCAUGAAAAUUAAAAAUCCAAAAAUAACCCAUCAAUAUCAUAAAAGUCCCAUGGCAAUGCGGAUCUCAGCUUUAAAAAGUAUUGCGUCUACUUGAAAGCCUGUCUUUUUUUUUUUCUGUUUUAAUGAGUUUGUUAUAUUUUUUCAACAUCCAACAUAUGCUCGGUGUGGUCUUUUAAAGUCACAUGCUGCUUACUUUACACAGCAUCAUAUAUUUAUUUUUUUCCCCUGUGUAUGUCGCAGUAAUGCAGGCCAGCUGGUUGGAAACAAACUCUAUGUAAGUUUAUGAAAUGUUGGUUAGUGAAAGCAUGUAAUACUGUCAAUUUCAUCAAUAAAUGUUUCAUAUUUUUCAAA